GUUCCUUCAGCUUUUGCUUCUGUUUCUGCUUCUCCCCAACACUUUUCUCUUUCUCCCACCAUCCCAGGCUUUUCUCUCCAUCGUCUACAGCCUCCACAGGUGCUUACCACUGUUCUCUCUCUCCUACUCCCAUAUCUCCUUCCUUGAACCCUGCUCCAUAUCUCUCUAGCCCUCCCAUCCAGGCUGUCUAUCUAAUAGCUUAUCAAUAUCUUUAUCAAUACACCCAUCACAUUGACUAUCUACUACUGGCGUCCGUAUUCUUACUGCUGCUAUUGUAUACAUCUCUAUUAUCUAUCGUCUAUCAUCUAUCGUUAACAUCUCUAUUUGCCUUCAGCAGUGUGACUACUUAACAUUUAACAUGGACUUGCGCGUUGGCAGAAAAUACCGUAUUGGCCGUAAAAUUGGUUCUGGUUCUUUUGGUGAUAUUUAUCUAGGUGUGAACAUCAUCACCGGUGAAGAAGUUGCCAUCAAAUUGGAAAACAUCGCUACAAAACACCCUCAACUUCACUACGAGUCGAGAAUAUACAGAACUCUUGGUGGUGGUGUAGGUAUUCCCUUUGUUAGAUGGAUGGGCACCGAAUGUGAUUAUAAUGCCAUGGUUAUCGAUCUCUUGGGUCCCUCCUUGGAAGACUUGUUCAACUACUGUGGCAGAAAAUUCUCCUUCAAAACCGUUCUCCUUCUAGCUGACCAGCUCAUCAGCCGUUUGGAAUACAUCCACGCCAAAUGCUAUCUCCAUCGAGAUAUCAAACCUGAUAAUUUCCUCAUGGGCAUAGGCAGAAGAGGCUCCGUUGUUUAUGUCAUCGACUUUGGUCUCGCCAAAAAAUACAGAGAACCAAGAUCAAGAGUCCACAUCCCCUACAAAGAAAAUAAAAACUUGACUGGUACUGCAAGAUAUGCCUCGGUCAACACUCAUCUAGGUAUCGAACAGUCAAGAAGAGAUGACUUGGAAUCCUUAGCCUACGUUCUAAUCUACUUUUGCAGAGGUUCUUUACCUUGGCAAGGUCUAAAAGCUGCAACAAAAAGACAAAAAUACGAUAGAAUAAUGGAAAAAAAAUUAUCCUGCUCCUCCGAAUCUCUAACCAGAGGUUUGCCAACUGAAUUUGCCCACUAUUUAGAAUACACAAGACACUUAAGAUUCGAAGACAAACCUGAUUAUAACUUCCUAAGAAGAAUGUUCAGAGAACUAUUCAUAAGAGAAGAAUACAGAUAUGACUACGUCUUUGACUGGACCAUCUUCAAAUUCCAACACACAAUCGAGGCUCAAAAGGAUGAUCAAUCUAAACAAUCCCAAUUGCCCAACCAAAAUAAUAACAAUCAAAAUAAUAACAACCAAAUUAACCAAAAUAAUAACCAAAAUAAUAACCAAAUUAACCAAAAUAAUAUCAUCCAAAAUAACAUCCUAUUACCAAAUGCUCCAAAAAAUCAAGUACUCAACACCCUACCUAAACAAUCCCCAUUAGAACCUGACAACCAAGUAGGUUUUCCUAGAAAAAUGAUAAUCCCUGAUGGUCAAAAGGGCCAAAUUGUCUAUUUCAAAUCUCCAAAUAGAGCCUUUAUCCCUUUGGCAACUGAAAAUGGCGCCUCUAGAAAAAUUGAUCAAUGAAAACAAGAUCAAGUGCAACAAGUACAACAGCCACAACAACAACCUUUAAAUCGCGACAUUUCUCAAAACCAAAAUCAAAAUCAAAAUCAAAAUCAAAAUG